CCUAACUCAAUGCCAGCUCUGCCAUUUCAGUUGAUGUUUAACUAGCGGCGAAACUUCUCGCUUUCAAGGGCAGAGAGGGACAUUGGAAAGGGUCGGCUUGCGCAGGUGACCAGACCAGAAGAGCUAGUUUUAGCAAAAACCAGGCGGGCCCUCUUUCGAUCCAGCCGCCGGCAGUCUGACCGGUAAACAAAUCCCUGGCCCGUUUCACCGGCGGCCUCUGCCAAGCUCCCCUCGCAUCCCACCGUAAGGGAGCGGAACGCGCGGCAGGAAGGGCGCAAUCCACGCCGGCUGCACAAACUCCGGUUGGAGCGAGCUUCGGCUCGGGAGCUGUUUACGGUUUUGGCUCCCGGGUAACUCUGACCUCACCGCGCAAAGGUGCUGCUGGGAAACGGAGCUCCCUCUGACAGAUAAGCCCCGGAGAGAACAUUCCUUUUGCUUUUGCGGCCGAGCCAGCGAGGUAGGCAGGGAAGGAGGAGCGGAGAAGGUGCGCCCGCCUCCUUUUCGCUGUCCCUGCUUUUGCGCGGGGAAGCUUGUCCGGAUCUCCGAAAGUUUUGAGUUCUUUCUUCUCCGGAGUCCCUUUGAACCUCGCGACUCAGGCAUCGGGGGAAGAGGACUCAGAAGAUCGGAGUCCGAAGUGAAUGUCUCCAGAUGAAAGGCCAGGUGCAGAGUCAAAAUCAUCUUCUAUCCAAUCUGUACUCCUGGCCACUUGGUCAAGUCUGCAGCAUUGUCAAGCUGAAACUUCAGAAAGAUGCUUCCCAGAGAAGAAGAUGGCAUCAGGUAACCCCAAAGAACUGGAUCCAGGAAGUCAUCCUGCACAGAUAGGAGAGGGCACUCUGGAAACUGAGUCCGUGUCACUGGCAGUAGGGGAAGGGUUCCCAAAUGCAAUUUCUCUCUCAUUUUCUGUCAAGAGUCGUUCUGCACAGGAUCUCAAUCUGCAGCUACAAGAGGCAGCAAGAAAGAAAUUAUGGGCCCUGGAAAAUGACGAUAAAGAUGUUUGUGCUGUUUUCAAGGAGCUGUCAGCCAGGCUGGCAUGCAUCCAGGCACAGGAGAAUCGCUUUCUGCUUUCCUUCAGAACUGUGGAAGAAAUCUGGAAGUUUUCCACUUAUUUGGCACUUGGAUAUGUGGGUUGCUGCCUGGAACACCUUCUCUUCAGUCCUGAGUACUGGUUGAACUGUGCUCAAGUAGAUGAUACUGAGAUCACUGUCACUGUUGAUGAGGACUGCAUGACCACCAUGUAUCUGGGUCUCCUCCUCCAGGAAGGCAAUUUUUUUGCCAGAGCAACACUCACCGUCCCUGCAGAGGAGGAAGAAGAAGAAGAUUUAAAGCUCUUCAAGAAUGAAUUAGUCCAUGUGAAAGACAUUGGACAUGAAACUAAGUGGGAAGGGACGUCAUUGUUGACAGAUCAGAGGGGACUGAUACAUGUCACAACUAUAGAGCCACUGCCCCAUCCUUUUUACCAGUGGUUUUUGAAGAACUAUCCAAUCAGUUGUGGCAUAUCCAAAGAAAUCAAUGGGCCUGACUCUUUGCAGAUUGGCCAAGGGAGGUGCACAGCCACUGAAGAUCACAGGGGAAAAAGCUGGGAUGAAUUGAGUUACUGCAAAGGGGAUAUCCUGGAGGUGAUUGGCUUUCUCAUUCCGGGUCUCCGUUGGUUUAUAGGAAAAUCCACUAUUAGCGGGAUAAUUGGCUUUGUCCAAACCAAAUCAGUGCAGCUCGAGAGUUAUGAAUCAAUGAGAAAGAGCCCAGUGUUUUUUAGUGAAGAAAUUUCUGCCUUCCUCCAGGCUCCAUGUAAUGGCAAUGAGGUAUAUUACAGUAAUCUUCUUAAUGAAUGGGCACAGACAGACAUCACCUCUGUAUAUAGACUGGAUGGCUUUGAACCUAUUGCGAUGUAUCCACGAAGACCAUCAGAUGCUGCUGUACAUGGACAUAAGAAUGGUUGGAUGUUUGAAAAUUGGGGGAAGCAAUCUUAUAACAGUUUAUUUACUCAAACUGAUUCUGAGAAGUCAACUCCAGUGGUUGAAUCUUCACCUUCCAUCCUUGAACACUUACUUCUGCCAGAGCCAGAUGACCUUGAUGACCCCAAGUUCUUUAUUGAUCUAAAUGCUGGGCAUAUGGAAGACUGUGAUGUGUUUGAUCCUAUACUGACUUUCCUCAAUCAAGAUAGCUAUGUGCCUCAUUUCCAAAGUCUGUAUGACCUCUCUUUUUCCUUCCUUAGUUCUACCUUCUAUGGUUUCACCAAUGAAGAGGAGUUAGUCAUAUAUCUGGAAACAUCCAGGAACUGGGCGAAGAGGGGCCACCUUGCUUGGGCUCACAUUCGGAUAUGCUAUCUUUUGGGCCGCCUCUGUGUCAGGAAGGCCAAGUUCUCCCAAGCACGAGUUUACUUCGAGGAAGCCAUGAAUGCUAUGGACAAGGGGUUUGAAGAUCUACCUCUACUUACAUCAUUGCAUGCAAACCUGGCUGCCAUUUAUUUAAAGCAAAAGAUGAAGCAAAAGUUCUUAUCGAUGAUUGGGAAAGGGAUGACACUUCUGGCCUGCUUGUCUGGACACUGCUUCAGUUCUGAGGCUGAACUAGAGGUUGUGAUGUACAUUCUGAGAGAAGCCAUUGCUGUAGGCAACACAACAAUGGAGAUUAGGUCCUGUUUCCUCAUUGUCAGACUUUUCUUGCAGCUGGGCAAAUAUGAUGAGGUUCUUCCUUUUGCAGAACGCUUGCAGUUUCUGAAUGCACAGCUCACCAGCCAGGUUACCAGUGCAUAUCCUUUAGAUACAAUGCCUUUUCUUGCCUAUCUGUAUGAAAAAAAGUAUGUGCCCCAUGUAGCUUUGGCGGCUGCCAGGAUGUUCUCCCCUAGCAAUAUAAAAGAUGGCUUCACACCCAUUUGGAGAGCUGGAUUCAUCCUUGCAAACACCUCUAAACUCUUGAAAGUCCAAGAGAAAAGCCACAACGGCAUCUCAGCAUUGGCUUGCUUCUAUCUGCAUUGCGGGUUGUCCUUUUCCCACGAAGCUGGGACUGUAUCAACUGAAAAGGCCUUGUGUGCACUUUUAUCCAAAUUGUACCUCAAAUACGGCAUGCUAGAAAAAGCCGUGCAUUACUCCAACCAAGCUGUUGCCCUAGGUAAAGUGAUGGGUGAAGAAGAAGCAUUUGAAGCAUCCCUUUCUUUGGGGUGGCUGUUUACUUUGAACAGUCAGCCAGACAAGACCUCAGAGAUCAUGCAAUACCUCCUGUGUUCUCUGCGGCAGACGGACAGCAUCACACAAGAUGGGGUGGUUCACAAUCUUUUAGCCAUUGCCCUUAAAAGAGAAGGGCAGGUCCAAAAGUCAGCAGAGAACUACUUUUGGGCCUUGAAGAAAGCCCAGGAAAAUGGAAAUCAGCGGAACCAAGCCAUUGCCUUAGCCAACUUUGGUUGCCUUAUCACGUCUUUGGGGGCUUACUGUUUAGGAGAAUACUAUUUUCUCCAGGCCAUUCAGUUGUACUUUGAACUCCAGGAUGGUGAUGAUACACAAAUGGAACUGGUGCACAUUUUGUUAUGGUUGGCUCAGUCCAAGGUAGAGAGGUGUAAGGCAGAAGAAGGCAUCAUCUUUUAUGAGCUGGCCUUGGCCAUUGCCUUGAAGACUCAAAAUGUGAUAAGUCAACUUCGUGUCACUGAGUCCCUCUGCCAUUUCUACAGUAAAGUGCAUCCUGAUAGCAGAGCCUGCAUUCUAUACCAUGAGCACCAAGUUCUUCUAGCUCGGCAACUUCAGGACAGAGAAAAAGAAGGACACCUUCUACAGGACCUCAGCCAACUUUACCAAAGUUUUCAUACACCCAGAUCUUUGAAACAGGCAUUGGACUGUACCAAGCAGAGCCUCAGAAUAUUUAUUGACCUGGAGGAAACUGUUAAAACAGCCCAGGCCUGGUUACAGGCUGGUAAACUCUAUUAUCAAAUGCAAGAGAAUGAACUUGUGGAAAUGUAUUUACAGGCAUCCAUAGAGACAGCACUGAAACCCAAAGAGCUGCACCUGGCCAUGGGUUUAUAUGAAGAGGCAGGAGAUGUCUUCUUCAAUGGACUCAAGAACAGGCACCAGGCACUGGAAUAUUACAGGGGAGGAGCUAUACCUUUGGCCAGGAAAUUGAGAGACACACAAACGGAAUUGAGAGUGUUCAACAAGCUAGCUGAACUCCAAAUUGGGCUCCACAAUUAUGAAAAUGCUUUGGAAUUUGCUACCUUGGCAGUCAGACUCAGCGUGGAUGUAGGAGAUCAUUUGCAAGAAUUGGUUGCCUUUCAUCGGCUGGCAACCGUGUAUUACCUUCUGCAAAUGUAUGAGAUGGCUGAAGACUGCUACCUGAGGACUCUCUCUUUGCAUUCACCAGAAUUGCAAGGGGUUCAAGAAGCCAUAUAUUACUCCAGGGUUUACUACCGGCUGGGAGAUCUCACUCUCCACAAAUUAAAGGAUGAGCAGGAUGCAGCCAAUUAUUUCUUCUUGGCCUUGGCUGCUGCCACUGAAUUUGAUGACUACAACUGGCAAGGCAAGGUCCAAGCCAGGUUGGCUCAAAUAUUUACUAAUUCCCAAACAAAUAAGAGCCCAAGAGGGUGGACAACAUAUCGGGCUCGAUGGUUAAGUGAAGGAAGACAUGAUGUAUGAUCCAUCUGUUAUGGAAUUCACAGCUCAUGAAGAAAGGACAUCAUUGUCCCUCUGCCAAGAAAAGAAGAGAAUCAUGAUCUGGUGCUUCUAGUCCCUUGUGUUUCUGAAUGAAUAGAAAUCUUGUGGGCUGUUGUAAAUGGAUAUACGCUGGCCAUCAGCUAAUGUGUUCUGAGUGAAAAAGCAAGCUCAUUUUUUAAAUUUUAUUUUAUCAGCAACAUGUAAAGAAGACUUCAUUCACAUACAUGGGUCUUAUUUAAGAGAUUAGAGGAUGCAAAAGAGUCAGUUGAAGCAAGAUUGAGAGACAGUUUGUUGUAGGGGUUAAGGCAUCACGUUAGAAACUGGUUGACUGUGAGUUCUAGUCCUGCCUUAGGCACAAAGGAAGUUGGGUGACCUUGGGCCAGCCAUUUUCACACAAUAGCCAAUCACUUUUGGAAAACCUCACCAAAGAAACAGCAGAUUCCUCCAAGCAGUUUCUGAGAAUCAAUAUGGUUGAGCAGAAGGAGAAAAAAGAGCAAGAUAAUGAAUGCACAACGUAGGCGCUGAAAAGGUAUGUGAGUGCAGAUUGUCUGUGAUAAGAAGUAAAUGGGUCUGAUCCUUGGAGAGGAGAGUCAACCUUCAUCCAUUUAUCCUCAGUGCCAAAAGGCAAAGUCCGUUACAAGAUAGAGAUCAACGGAAAGCCUCUUGACAGCCUGAACAAAAGACAAAAAGUGGGAAAAAAUGCUCUUGCAGCAAAUGUGACACUGGCACAGUUCCUGUGUAUUUCAUCAGUUAUCUGUGCUUCGACCAGAAAGGGGGUAGAAUCCACCCAGCCAUGGCUCCUCUCCAAAAGCUAAGCAAAGCCAGAUCUAUGUUUCUAUAUUAUUGCCAAGAAAAUAAUGCAAGAACAUGCAUAAAGUCACCAAAUGCCAAGAAUAACUCAAAUACUUAUCAGUAUUUAUAUUUAUGUUGAUUUCUUAUUGAUAUCUGCCUCAUGCUUCAAAUAAACUAAAUUAAGAUCCCAAAAGUAUCCUUUGGAAAGGAUGAAACCCAGAAUACCAUAUCCUAAGUCUGGUUAAAUGAGCUCUUCAGAGGUAUCUCCUUCCUUCUUAAUGAUUUCCAUUGCCAGCUCUCCACUAAUCCUGAAGAAGAAAGGAAAAUGGCUCCUGUAUACCUAGAGAAGGAAAGACAUGAUUGGAAACCUCUUGGGAAAGCAAAGACAUCUCCAUACUCAGCCAGAUGUAUUGGGCUUCCAUACUGCUGGAGAGUGACUACAAAACUUUCAGAUUCUUUGUCUCUGUCAGAUACCCUGAGGAAGAGCAUGCUUACUACCCCACCAUAGCUCUAUCUGACAUAUAGCUCAUGGGAUUACUUUGAAACAUUUGCUCUCUGCCCAGCCUACCUCACAGGGUUAUGACGGUUUGUUAACAAAUGACACAUGAGAUGACUUCUAUGCAUGAUGACUUGACUUGAUCUCUUUAGAACAAAGUCAGGAAAUAAAGACACACACUUCUUUUUGCCUGUAAACUAUUGACCGUCCUCAUCACCAAGAAUCAAACAUUUGUUUUCAAGUUGUUUUUCAGAAUAGAAAUGUGCUUUUUUAAAACGAAAAAGGAAGUUGAAAUUCUUAGGAGGUUUAAUGCUCUGCUAGCUUUGAGAUGCUACAGAUUUAUAGACCAUCUUGUAGCCCCACCAAGUAUAUUUGGUUCAAAUGAAACUUCAAAGCCAAUUGUCCAGGAUGUCCGCAUGUGGAAAUAUUUUAAUAUGACCAGGGCUAAAUGUGGGAAGCUGAAUUGAUAUAGCCCUAUUUUUGAUGCUGUGUGGUUGGGCUGUGUUUCCUUUAAAGUCAGGGUACAAAUCUUUUAGGGGCCAAAUAGUGUAUCAUUUUUCUGAAUAGCAUGCCAGAAGUAAGAUACAUAAAAGGAGUGUGACCAGGAUUACAUCUGAUUUAAUUAAAUUUAAAAGUAAAUGAAUUAGCUGCAGAUACAAUAGUAGGAUAACUCCCCAAUUCCUGAAUUUUUCCCUUAAAAAUGAUAAACAGAAUUGGAAUAAUUCUGGGGCUCAAAGGCUUUGGAAAGCAGCAGAUUGUUUCAAUCAAAUCAUUUUGCUUCAUGAAGCACUCUCGAAACAUCUUGCCUUGCCUCUAAGAUUUUGUUCUUGAAAUGAAAUGUAACACAGACACAAAUUCACCUCAUUUUGUCUUUUUUCAAGAACAUUCUAGAGGAGAUUGCCCAUUCGUUUCCAUUCUGAGAUGAAAUAGGAUGUCUCAACAAUUUAGAGCAGACCUGAUUCCCCAUGCAAUAAAUAAUGGUUAUGUCAGAUUGUGUUUUGAAUAUUAAGGAAGAAACACAAACCAGUUGCAAACUUUGUCUGUCUCUCUCUGUCUACUGGUGAGACCCCUGGGGGAUUUCCCCUGACCUGCUUUGUGUCUCAAUGUUGAGUUUUGCACAAAGGUAUGAAACAAAGUGGUGAAGGACAUGUCACAACGAAACUGGAGAAGUGUUCACAAAAUUAACAUUGUUUGUGAAAAUCUUCUCUAUUAUACCAGCAGCCAUUCUGAAGGAGGAUAAUAAUUAUAUAUUUUUUCAAUUCUCUCCCAAGCACUGCUACAGUCAUUCACAAUGACUCAAGAACAAAUGUUGCAGCACCCAAAUAACUGAAUAUGACAGGGCCAUGGCUCAAAGUUAAACUACAUGUUAGUUAUGCAGAUGGCUCCAGGCACAUUCUUUAUUACCUUGCAUGAAAAAUGCCUCCAAUAGAAAAUCUGGAUUUGUCUGAAAGACUCACCUAGCAUCUUCCAGAUCUGAGCUAAUGAUCUGAUUCUGUAUGACAGCUACCUAUGUUUAUAUAAGAUCCUGGGUGUUAUCACUGGUUAAACAGAUUUUAGCAUUUGCUUUUUACUUGUACCAAAGCUCAUCUCACCAUUAGAGGGCAAUAAAGGCAGUAUUUUCAAUUCCUUUA